AUGGAGAAGAAACGAAACCAGAAGCACCAUGACAAGCAUCAAAAGCAUCAUCAACCCCAGGAUGCUUACGAGAUUUAUGAAGCUGAGCAUAUGGCAUGGUGGCUUAAAGACAUUCAUCCACGUCCAAGUGCUCGUUUGAACUCCAAUCAGUUUGAAGAGAUUACUCCCAAGGCUGGAAACAGAAUCGUGGUGGAUAACUGGCGCACAACUGAGGACUCGAUUGAGGGAAAACGUGUAAUCUUUGAUGAGGACAUCGAUGCUGAAGCUGCAGAGUUCAUCGAACUGGAGCACGAGAAGUUUGGACUAAGCAAAUGGAUGUCUAAGAAGGGAUAUUGA